GAGUCCAGGUUGACUCAUCUCCCACCUCACUGGAGCGGAGAUCCCAGCUCUGUAGCUGAAAACACCACCAUUUCAGCUCCAGCACAGCAGAGAACCACACAGCCCAGAACUCACUGGGAGAGGCAACUCUCCAGCUCCUUCCCUCCACCAUGGAGUACCUCUCAGCCCUGAACCCCAGCGGCCUGCUCAGGUCAGUAUCCAGUAUGAGCUCUGAGUUUGGCAGGAAAGUCUGGACUUCAUCUCCACCGCCCCAGCGACCUUUCCGGGUCUGUGAUCACAAGCGAACCACCCGGAAAGGUCUGACAGCUGCCACCCGCCAGGAACUGCUAGACAAGGCACUGGAGGCCCUGCUGCUGAAUGGGAUGCUAACACUGGUGCUGGAAGAGGAUGGGACCGCCGUGGAGAGUGAGGACUUCUUCCAGCUUCUGGAGGAUGACACGUGCCUGAUGGUGUUGGAGCGCGGGCAGAGCUGGACCCCCAGCAGGAGUGGGAUGCUGUCAUAUGGCCUGGGCCGGGAGAAGCCCAAGCACAGCAAGGACAUUGCCCGUAUCACCUUCGAUGUAUACAAGCAAAACCCUCGAGACCUCUUUGGCAGCCUCAAUAUCAAAGCCACAUUCUACGGGCUCUACUCCAUGAGUUGCGACUUUCAAGGACUCGGCCCAAAGAAAGUACUCAGGGAGCUCCUCCGUUGGAUCUCUGCACUACUGCAAGGGCUGGGCCAUAUGUUACUGGGAAUUUCGUCCAGCCUCCGCCAUUUAAUAGAAGGGGCCGAGCAAUUGCAUUGGCAGCGGCAGGGUCGCCUCCAUCCCUACUGAGAAGGGGCUCCAAGCUGCUUUCUGCCCUUAGACUCAUUCCAAGAGACACUGUGAGGACUGUGGCAGCAUCAGCUUUGGAGAUCUGAAGACAGUGCAGGUUAGAUAACCCACCUGAUUUCCCCAAUGCCUUCUGACCCCGUUGUGACAGGCCCCAUCAGCAUAAUGCCUUACACCCCUAGCCUAUACCCUUUCCUGAAGAAUGCUGUCCCUUCCUAGCCAUCUUUCCAGCAUCCCACUUACCCAGAAAGGCCACAAGUAUCUUGACACCCUCCCCUGAUCUACAUCUAGAUUCCUUGCAACUCCCCGUCCCUAAGGUUCCCAGUGCACUGAAUUCAGCCCUCUCUGACUUCACCUUAAGGUCUCUAUUUCUUUAUAUCCUUUCCCCUAAAACAACAAAAACAUUUCCAAUAAAAAUAUAAAAAUGUUUGUUUAUAAGA